CACGACCCAACAAAGAGACUCUAGAUUUCUCUCCUCUCUGUCCCUCUCUCCCCAUCAGAAAUUUCAUCCGAUUCUCUUCCAUCCGUGAUUCUUUGAUUUUCCUCCCAAUCUCUCCUUAUUUUUCAAACUGUUUUCCUGCAAUUUUUUCUUUAUUCGCUACUUUGUUGUAUCUUAUUGCUUCGCACAUCACAUUUAUUUGCUUUUUUGAUUUUUCUUUUUGCUUCUUUUUUGAUCUCAAUUUGUUUUGUUAAUUUCUCCCUUCACCGUCCGAUCUGUUGAAUCGCCACCGAUAGAGGAGUUCUGGGUUCAGUUUGUUUCCGAAGGAUGCUAAAGAGAUGAUGAAUCAAGUAGGCAAUACUGACACCAUAACUCAGCUCCAACUCGACCCCAAUUCGCUGGAGAAACGCCAGAUUGUUGAUGCAAGCCAAGGGCAUGCAUCUUCAUAUCAUCCCUCCACAACGGUAUCUGAAGCUGUGUCAUGGAACAUGCAUAGAGCAGAUAAUCACUCCACAGAGAAUGGGAUGUUUUCAAAUUCUAGCUACCAUCAUGUUCAGCAGACAGAGCCACACUUAAGGAAUGCUCAAGAUGGCUUGAAUGCAGCAUCCGCUGUCUAUCCUCCACCAAGUUUAGGAGCAGCAAGUGUACCACAACAAUAUAAUGGCUACACGACAUACCCAAGUUCUAAUGAUCCAUACAGUUAUGGCAACACAGGAUACCCAGGUUACUAUAGUGGCUAUCAGCAGCAAUCAAACCAUUCAUAUUCUCAGCCUGUAGGAGCAAAUCAAAAUACAGGUGCUCCUUAUCAGCCCCUUUCCUCAUUUCAGAAUACAGGGUCUUAUGCUGGGCCUGCAAGUUAUCCAAGCACUUACUACAAUCCUGGUGAUUAUCAGACAUCUGGAGGACAUUCAACCAGCGGUUACAGUAAUCAGAGUAAUUUGUGGAGUGAAGGAAACUAUGCAAACUAUACUCAUCAAUAUGCAAACCACACUCAUGACUCCAAUGGUGCUUAUAGUUCUAGUACUGCUGCUGCAACCUCAUUACAGUAUCAGCAGCAUUAUAAGCAAUGGGCGGAUUACUACAGUCAAACAGAAGUUAGCUGUGCUCCUGGGACGGAGAACAUGUCUGUAACCAGUACAUCUAACUUGGCAUGUCCAAUUCCUGGUGUUACUAGUGGCUAUUCUACCUCAGCCAGCCAUCCGCCACAACCUUCCAUCUCAUCUUGGGGUUCAGAGAAUUCAUCUGCAUUGCCUUCAGUACAGCCUGGUGCUGCAAUCAGUGAUACCCAUGAUGGUUAUUGGAAACAUGGAGCUCCAAGUUUCCAAAAUCACCAUGUUAGUACUGUACAACCAGACUUUCAAAAACAUUUGGAUACGAAACCUUCUUAUGAUAGCUUUCAGGAUCAACAAAAAACUGCAUGUCCUCAAGGAUCCAAUUUACAGUAUCCCACUGCUCAUAAGGUAUCCCACAGCUACCAGUCACCAUUGCAAACAAUUGCAUCUUUAGAUACACGCCGAGUAAACAAACUUCAGAUUCCAACAAACCCUAGAAUUGCAUCAAAUUUGGCAUUGGGUUUACCAAAAAUUGAUAAGGAUAGCUCUGCCACUGGUGGCGCAGCAAAACCAGCCUAUAUCGGUGUUUCAGUUCCAAAGCCAAGCGACAAAGUGCUGUCUCAUGAUGGUGCUGAUGCUAUACUUAAGCCUGGAAUGUUCCCUCCGUCUCUACGUGGUUAUGUGGAAAGGGCCUUGGCUCGUUGCAAAGGUGAAACGCAAAUGGCAGCUUGUCAAACUGUCCUGAAGGAAGUUCCAUCUCAAGCUAGGAAUGUAAAUUGUACAGUAAUUACUAAGGCAACUGCUGAUGGUACACUCUACACAAGAGAUUGGGACAUUGAGCCUCUUUUCCCACUGCCAGAUGCAGAUGCUGUCAAUAACAAUAUAGAGAGUUCAAUCUCUGUUUCUUUGCCAAAACCAAAAAGAAGUCCAAGUAGACGAUCCAAAAGUAGGUGGGAGCCUGUAGCUGACGAGAAAUUGAUUGAAAAAUCAGCAUCCAUCAAUCAUGAGACAGUUAAAUAUGGUGGUUGGGUUUCUUUCAAUGAAAGAACUGAAAGGGAUAAAAAGUUUCCAAGUGGAAAACCUGAUAUCAAGGAGGAUGGUUUGAGUAGUACAAAAUUUCCUCUAAUAGAACAGAGAACUGCAAGUAAAAGUGCUCAGCGGCCAGUUAAGAGACAACGUUUUGGUGAUGUUUUGAAUUCUGCUGAGAAUGGUGAUGCAUCUAGUGAUAGUGAUAAGGAACAGAGUUUGACGGCAUAUUAUUCUUCUGCAAUAACCCUUGCAAAUUCACCAGAGGAGAGAAAGAGAAGGGAAAAUCGCUCUAAACGUUUUGAAAAAGGACAUGGCCAUCGGGCAGAAACUAAUCACUUUAGGCCCAAAAAUUUUGGAGCUGGAAGUUUGUACACUAGGAGGGCCAGUGCUUUGGUUCUAAGCAAAAAUUUUGAAGAGGGUGGCAGCAGAGCUGUUGAAGAUAUUGACUGGGAUGCCCUUACUGUUAAGGGAACUUGCCAGGAAAUCGAAAAACGUUAUCUGCGCCUUACUUCUGCCCCUGAUCCCUCUACUGUAAGACCAGAAGAAGUAUUGGAAAAGGCUCUGCUUAUGGUUCAGAAUUCUCACAAGAACUACCUUUAUAAAUGUGAUCAAUUGAAAUCGAUUCGCCAAGAUCUUACUGUGCAACGGAUACACAAUGAGCUAACAGUUAAGGUUUAUGAAACUCAUGCUCGAUUAGCUAUUGAAGUUGGGGACCUGCCUGAGUAUAAUCAGUGCCAAUCACAGUUGAAAACCCUUUAUGCAGAAGGAAUUGAGGGAUGUGAUAUGGAAUUUGCUGCUUACAACCUGCUUUGUGCCAUCUUGCACUCUAGUAAUAACAGAGAUCUGUUGUCAUCAAUGUCAAGAUUAUCAGAUGAAGCUAGAAAGGAUGAAGUUGUAAAACACGCUCUUGCUGUUCGGGCAGCUGUCACAUCAGGAAACUAUGUCCUGUUUUUCAGAUUAUACAAAACAGCUCCUAAUUUAAACACCUGCCUAAUGGAUCUUUGUGUUGAAAAGAUGCGGUAUGAGGCUGUAAGAUGCAUGUCUCGUUCAUAUCGCCCCACAGUGCCUGUUUCAUAUAUUGCUCAGGUUCUGGGCUUCACCAGUGCCUCCCCUACCAGUGAGGGGAGUGACUUGAAGGAGGUAGAUAAAUCAGAGGAGUGCGUAGAAUGGUUGAAGGCGCAUGGUGCUUGCCUUAUCACAGAUAACACUGGAGAGAUGCAGCUUGAUGCAAAGGCUUCCUCUUCCAGUCUGUACAGACCAGAACCAGAAGACGCCGUAGCCCAUGGAGACACUAGCCUCGCUGUUAACGAUUUUCUGACACGGGCAUCCUCAUAACAAAGUCGAUCGCGCCCCAACGUGUAUAUGAUUUGCAUUGGUAAGAAAGUAGUGGGAAAUUUUUGCCGCCCUCAAGUGAACUAAUCUGUACACAAAAGGGGAAUCAACAAUCAAGCGUUCCCUUUUAUCAGCAUGGUGGAAAAUGCAGAAGAAGGUUGAGCUUGAGCAUGUGGCGUCUGGCUGUAAGACUAAUAGGGAAGAGUACGAUGAGCGGGGAAUGUGAAACGAAAAAGAGGACGCAUAUUGAGAUCUCCUUCCCCCUCUUUUGUCUUGGACAGUGAAGGCUGUUUACUGCUACUGGCCCUUUUAGUAAAAUAUGUUUGAUUAGAUUUCUUUGCUUUUCAGCAGAGUCAUUUCAUUCUUUCUAAUUGAACACACCUUGUGGUAAUACUUAGAACCAAUAAGAAGUAUAUAUAGAGAUAUAUAACCUGUAUGAUUUAUCAAAUGCAAGUUUUCCUCA